GUGCGACGUGGAGAUCCGGAGGAAUGAGAUCCGGAAGAUGCUGAUGAAGCAGCAAGACCGGCUGGAGGAGCGAGAGCAAGACAUUGAGGACCAGCUGUACAAGCUUGAGUCAGACAAGCGCCUGGUGGAGGAGAAAGUGAGCCAGCUGAAGGAGGAGGUGCGGCUGCAGUAUGAGAAGCUGCACCAGCUGCUGGAUGAGGACCUGCGGCAAACAGUAGAGGUGCUGGACAAGGCCCAGGCCAAGUUCUGCAGCGAGAACGCGGCGCAGGCGCUGCACCUCGGGGAGCGCAUGCAGGAGGCCAAGAAGCUGCUGGGCUCCCUGCAGCUGCUCUUCGAUAAGACAGAGGAUGUCAGCUUCAUGAAGAACACCAAGUCUGUGAAAAUCCUAAUGGACAGGACCCAGACCUGCACGGGCAGCAGUCUUUCUCCCCCUAAGAUCGGCCACCUGAACUCCAAGCUCUUCCUGAACGAGGUGGCCAAGAAGGAGAAGCAGCUGCGGAAGAUGCUAGAAGGGCCUUUCAGCACACCGGUGCCCUUCCUGCAGAGCGUCCCUCUGUAUCCUUGUGGCGUGAGCAGCUCUGGGGCGGAAAAGCGCAAGCACUCGGCGGCCUUCCCCGAGGCCAGUUUCCUAGAGACGCCAUCCGGCCCUGUGGGCGGCCAGUACGGGGCAGCAGGCACAGCCAGCGGCGAGGGCCAGUCUGGGCAGCCCCUAGGGCCCUGCAGUUCUACGCAGCACUUGGUGGCUCUGCCGGGUGGUGCCCAGCCAGUGCACUCGAGUCCCGUGUUCCCCCCAUCGCAGUAUCCCAAUGGCUCCGCCGCCCAGCAGCCCAUGCUCCCCCAGUAUGGCGGCCGCAAGAUUCUCGUCUGUUCUGUGGACAAUUGUUACUGUUCUUCCGUGGCCAACCAUGGCGGCCACCAGCCCUACCCCCGCUCCGGCCACUUCCCCUGGACAGUGCCCUCACAGGAGUACUCACACCCGCUUCCGCCCACACCCUCCGUCCCCCAGUCCCUUCCAGGCCUGGCGGUCAGAGACUGGCUCGACGCCUCCCAGCAGCCAGGCCACCAGGAUUUCUACAGGGUGUAUGGGCAGCCGUCCACCAAACACUACGUGACGAGCUAACGCCACGCAGGCUGGGCGCUGGGGACCCUUCCCCCCAACCCCGAUGGCUCCGGAAUUAUGCACCCAGAGACCUGCCCUUCUCUACCUUUCUCUCCCUUUCUUGUUCCAUUCCCCCAGGUCUUUUCUUUCCUUUUGGAUUUUAUUUUGUUUGGGGCUUUGUUUUUGAUUUUUUUUUUUUUUUUUUUUAAUGAAUCUCCUGGAUGGAGGCAACAGUGGGAGCUGGCAUUGGUUGGGCCACAGGUGGCCCUGGAGUUGAGAAAGUGUCUCUUAAGGCGCUGAGUUCUCUGUCUCUUUUUUCUUCCACUUCCUCCCCUUCAUACCCCCAGGCUGGAAGGACCCUCAGUUUCCCCUAAAGCCUUGGGGGAUCCAGUUUUCCUCACUCUUCCUGGGAAGAAGGCCCAUUGCCCACAGRCCUGUUUCUCUUCCCUCUGUAUUUUCUUUGGGGCCAUUCAAUCACUGAUGGAGUAAGGAAUGACCUAUAGAUUGUGGGACUUUUUGUUUUGUUUUUUAAAUUUUUUUAAACCAAGAAUGAUUUCUCCUGCUUCCUUCUCCUCACCAUCUUCCCGACGGAGUUCAAAGGCCACUUCUCAAGCAGCUUUUGGCACCUUCAGCCUCAGAGUGGAAUCUUUUAAAGACAGGAGCCCCAUGUCCAGGAAAGGGGAAAAGGAACUUUGCCAAUGAUAGUGACCACAGCAAAAGCAAAUAAUAAUAAUAUUAAUAAUAAUAAAAGAGAAAUAAAUAAUAAAAUAAAAAACAAUAGCACAGCUCUUGUCAAGGUCAGUGGAGGAGGAGGGGCUGCCCCAAUGGGUCCUUGCCUGGAUUUUGACACAGCAACUUCCUGUAGUGAGCACUUUGUAUGAAUCUUGGACUUCCUGUUCUCAAGGCGCAGGUAUUUAUUCUGUAAUCUGUCUAGAGCACACACCGAAAUUCAACCUUCUAAUAAACAUGAUGGCGCAGUCC